CGAAACCCUAAUUUUCGUCCUGCUGCUGUUUUUGCUUGGCUGGGGAAACGCCAUUCGUACAAGUAGCUACCUCGAUUCGGCUGAAUCGUCACCGUGCUAACAGCCCAGCGAGCCUGCUUUUCCCAGUGUCUACUAGGCCCUCGCGCGCUGUAAAUUUCCGCCAGCAUGGCUUCUGCGCUUAGGGCGUCGCUAGUGCCUGCGGGGCUCGGCGCGGGCGCGCUUUCCGCAUCUCCGCUUCGCGGGGGGAAGGAGCAUCUCGGCACGUCUCUCCCCGCAUCCGCCGGCGGAUCGCACGGCAGAGUGACCUUGGCGUUGCGCGCCCGCCGCGACCCGCGGCUGAUCGCGCCGGUAGACGACAAAUUCCUCCCGUGGCUGGCGGAAGCCGCGCGGUCGGACGAGGGGCGCGCGCAGAUCUCCGACGCCGCGCGCGGAAGGUUCGACGAGCCGCCGCUGCUGGACCUCGCGGCGGCGAAAAUGGCGGCGACGCAAAUGGCGGCGCCCGCGCAAGUGGAGCGCGGCGGGGGGUAUGGCGAGCACCGGCCGCGGCGACCGCCACCGGAUCUGCCGUCGUUGCUGCUGAACAGCCGAAUCGUCUACGUCGGCAUGCCCCUGGUGCCAGCGGUGACGGAGCUGGUGAUAGCGCAGCUGCUCUACCUGCAGUGGCUGGACCCGCGCCAGCCCACCUACGUGUACCUCAACUCCACCGGCACAUCCCGGGCAGAUGGCGAAACGGUGGGCAUGGAGACAGAAGGAUUUGCCAUCUACGAUACAAUGAUGCAAAUGAAGAACGAGAUGCAGACUGUGGGGGUAGGGGCGGCCAUCGGCCAGGCGUGCAUGCUGCUGGCGGCGGGGGAGAAGGGCCGGCGCUUCAUGCUGCCGCAUGCGACGGCCAUGAUCCAGCAGCCGCGCCUGCCGUCCACCGGGCAGAUGUCAGCCAUUGAUGUGCACAUCCGGGCUAAGGAGGUGGUGAACAACAGGGACACUCUCGUCACACUGCUGGCUCGCCACACAGGCAAUUCGUUUGAGAAGAUCGCCAAGACGAUGGAGCGCCCGUUUUACAUGAACCCGCAAAAGGCACUCGAGUUUGGAGUGAUUGACAAGAUCCUGUGGCGAGGCCAGGAGGCGAUGGCCAAGACGCUGUCAGCGGAGGAGUGGGACAAGGGGGCCGGCAUCCGCAUGAUGGAGAAGCCUGCUGCUCCCACCCUCUGAGAGCAGUCAGUUCGGCAUUCCGCCGCUUGUCUAGGCAUUCAGGGAUUCUGUCUGUAGUAGCAGUGGGAUUCUGCGGUGCAUUACUGCACUUCACUUUGGGACAUAUUGAUAGGCGGUCAGGGAUUUUGUAAUAGCAGUGGUGUUCGAUUAACCGUGUUUCCUAUUACUAUGGGAUAUGUACACAUGACAUGAUGCUCGCAGCUGAAAUAGCU